CGAGGAUGUCCCCAUGUAUCAAGACGUAUUUAAGUGUUCGCUAGCAAGCAGCUUUUAUAUAAUCUAGAUUGAAUAAAGGUGUUUCACUGUUAGGUCCUCCGGAGUAAAGAUUAUUAUCAUUCAGCGGUUUCAUCAUUCAGCGGUUUCAUUGACGAUUUCCUUUCCACACAGGCUCAAGAAACGAUGUCUCGGAACAGGAAUAACCCGAGGCUCCAAACAGCAUGAGGGUUAGCAGAAGCAUACUUAUUCAACGCUAUGCCCAUCUUUCGGUUCUUCAAGUGAGCUCGGAGAAUCCAUGACAAUGGUUAGACACUGCCAUGGCGCGGACGCUUGCAGGAGGAACCGAAAAUCCGAAAAUCCGGCAAUAAUGAGUCGAACUUUACGCAGCGCCCUUAAUGCGGAAGCUGGCUACUUGGACAGGUACAUUAGGUAUCGGGUAAACCCAGUCGCACAUGACAUAUUCUUGAAUGCAUCAAUCAAAAGAAGUACUUACCGUAAAUCCACGCAGGAUUAGUCCGCGUCCAGCCCUUCUUUCAGAUUCUUUUUUGCUUUUCUUUCCCUUUCUGUUGGGAAAGAGCUGGUUUCAGGGAAGCUGCAGGAUGUUUGCUACCCAGACAGUUCUUGAACGACUCGAAUAUAAAUACAGUGACUAAAAGUGAGCAUAAGGAAAUCCAUGAGGUAGUCCCCUCACUCUUAGCAAUUAAAACUUAUGAUCAUAUUGUUUAUCGGAAGCUUUUGAUCAACUCUCAGGAUGGCUGUUGGCCCUCGCGUGUCCAAGGAGGAUUUUAUGCAUGCCUUGGGCCUCGAUGCGAAUAACCCUCAACAUGAGCCUUAUUAUCGAGCAAUGAGAGAUGAAGCCAUCGUUGUGUACAAUCAAUUAAAUCAGGAUAGUUCAAACCUCGUUGAAAACCUGAGGAACGACCCUUCGAUCCGACCACCGUAUUUCUGGCACCAUAUCCGACAAGAGAGGCAGCGAUGGGGUAUUCUAGAAAUAUGGCGAAACUCUAGACCGGUCACACGGGCAUGGUUUGAUCGCGGCAUUACGGACGGCGAAUAUGGCCCCAACUGGGUAACAGGAUGGCUGUUGUACAGCGUGUUCCGCUCUCGAGACUUUCGCAAUAAUCGUAAUCGUCGGAAAGGUGAAGAUUCAGGGUCUGGGAAUUCAGGCCAGGGCCAACCGAAGAAUGAUCAAAGCCCUACCAGCGGCACCGAAAGACAAAAUGGUGGAUAUUAUGACCCUGUCCGGAAUGGCACCCACUAAAGUGCCGCCCUUAAAUUGUAUACGGUUCGACUUCCUAUGAUUUUUUGCUGGACAACAUAUCACAGCUGUCCGGUUGCAACAUGGGUUUUAUUUUAUAACUCUGCUGCCUUAGUAUUUUUCCUAAAUCAUUGCCCGGAUGCCUAUUUAUUUCCUUCGUUAGCCAUCGUUUCCGAUUCUCCGAACGACUCUUUUCCUUCCCCCUUAUCGGUGGACUGGCCGAGCCAGUCACAUUGGGCGGCAGAGGUUUAAUCAGUAUAUUAAGGCGUUCUCUUUCCUGUUUUCCUCCUUUGGACGUUGAAAUAAUCUUCGAGUUGGUGCUAUCAAUCAUUUUUCGUUUCCUUCGCUUCAAUCUUGCCUACAGCGUAGAGGUGGUGGCAUAUAGAUGGAACGGACUAGCUUUUGGUAGGAAGCUCCCAAGUUUCGCCUGUUGGCGGGUGCUCUUUCGAUGACGAGGUAGUUGACGAGCAAACGGUGAUAUGACUUCCAAGAGUAUAUCAAUAUCGACCGUCUCUUUAAGCCGGCCAAUUGUCCGGGAUGAAGAAGUGACUUCAACUUCCUGGUUGAGUCACGCAUCUUCUAGAAUUUCUAAAUAUGAGCGAGGUGAGGUAAUUGUUCGACCUAUCAAAGAGCGCUCUACCCGGUGGUCAUCCAAUGAAGGAUUUUCGACUCCUUUACCGGUGCUGGUUGAAUAACGUGACUCUGCCCUGGUUUUGUUGCGGCAACAAUCUGUUAUGUAUCUCUUGCAUUUGUCGACAUUUGGGAUUAUUCUUGUAGCGUCUCUGCUCUCGUUGGCGUUUGAAUUCCCCCCCGGGCAAACGAAGACUAGAGGAUGCUCUUUGCCUUUACUUGGCAAUGUAUGAUGACGCGAAAAUGAAAAGCAGAGUGUGUUGUUUCCUUAGUAUUUAGACCAUUUAUUAGUUCUAAUCAACUGGAAAGUCCCAGAAAUACUUACAUCGUUACUUGUACUUGAU